AUGGACUCUACAGCCGGAAGAUUUUAUCCGUAUUUUAUAUUUAAAGUUUUGACUUUAACAAACAAGUAUUUAUUUCGUUUAGAAGCUCCAGUAGCUGGCGCUCUAGAUGAUAACUGGUCACCAACUUUAAUUCUGGUUACGGCUAUCGCUGCAGGAGCGGCAACAGCCAUCUGCGUUCUCUGCCUCGCUGUAAGUCUCCAGGUUCUAAUAAAAAGGCGUCAAUCAAGGUCGAAUACAACUGUAUUUCAUCUAGGGGAAGUAGAUUCUUUAAGUUAUAGAAGUGGAAUAAAAAAGCACAAACCACAAGAAAGUACCAACUGUACAUUGGAUACUUAUACAGAAGUGAUUGAGCUACGCCACAAAGAUCAUAAAACAGCACCACGAAAGCCACGCUCUGCUUUGCCUCAUUUACCAUUAGAUGCAGACCCCGUUUAUGCUCAACCAUUUGAAACGACUACAGCACAACAUCCGAUGAAAAAGAUAUCCACGUACUCAAUGGGUAAUAAAGAUGACAUAUACACAGCUCAUAUAUAUGCUGAGCCUGUAGAUUCCCGGCGACCACCAUCUGGUACCAGCAACGUAUCUAACUCUUUUACAGAGGCGUGGUUUCAAGCUGGCACAGGAAAAUUUCGGCGAAAAAUGAGUUUACCCGACUGCACUUCUACGUUUAAUGACAAAGUGCAGCAUAAGAGUGACGAUAAUUUCGCAGCUUUUUACAAACUUUUCAGCCACCCUUCAACAUCCAGUUGCUUGAGACCAACAUCGAGUGAAGAAUGCCAAACUGAAUUAGAACCAACCAAAGAAAUUAUUUUCCCAGAAUUAAUAAACAAUUCAAUUUAUUUGGAAAGUAGUGAUCGGAACAUAUCUCCAGAAAACACAGAACGAUUUCAGAUGAUAGACAAUGAUAUUUAUUUGGACAAUUACUUUUCGCACGCUUAAUAAGAAUCAGAAAAAUACCUGAAAAGAAAUGUAAAUGAAUAUUUAGUUGAAUGUAAUCAUUUUGCAUGGCAAAAUGUAUAUUAUUAUACAAGAAUUAAAACAAACGCAGUUAACUUACUGAUGGGGGAGGCAAAACUGCUUUAAUGUUAUAAAACAUAUUUUAAUGUCA